AUGGUCGCUGCCGGAGCUCAGCCCUCGAUUGAGGCGAUUGAAGCCUUGGCCGACCACUUCUCAGAAGCCAAGGACGCCAGGAGUAUCAAGGCCGUACUAUCCUUGCUGAAAGGCUCGAAGCCUGGCCUGACCGCAGUGGAUCCGAUCGGCAUCAUGUUUUCCCGGUUGGUUCGAGCGCACUGCCGGCGUCAAGACGUGACCAGCGCACUAGCGGAGGUGGCGGAGAUGGAGGCAACGGGCCGAGAGGUUGACGUUGAGGUUUACUCAGAUUUGCUGCACGGGUGUGCGAUCGCGAGACCACCUCUCCUGGUGGAAAUGGAGGCUGUGUGGGCGCACAUUCAGGAGCGAGGGCUUACGACAAGGGGAGGCGUUCAGCAGGAUAUUUUCGUUGGCCUCAUGACAACCCACGCCAACAGCGCGGGAUACGCUCCAUUCGGCGAUAACCAACAAGACCAGCAGCAGCGGACUGUGCUGGGAGCGUGCGGUGUCCCCCACCCCCUGAAGGGGCACGGCCCACCGCUCUCGGUGCCGAGUGCAGCUGACAAGUCAAAUAAGUUCCAGCACUGCUCCUACAGUCCACGGAAUUCGCGUACCCAGGCCCCGCUCGAAAAGGUUGACGAAGCUUGGGACGGCAUGCUGGAGGCGCUUAAUGAAGCAGCAAGCGCAUCGACAGAUCCAGAUAGAACUGCCGAUGAAGGGGGGCUCGUGACUCCCGAGUCGUGGAUGGCGCGAGCCUCCUCGUUGGCCCUGUGCGUGCGGGACUCGGGGUUGAUCUCAGAUGAUGCCAUGUCAAGGUCUAUGGAGGCUUUUCGAUCUUACCGGAGAUACGGCGGCAGUUUCGCCAGCAGGGAAGACAUCUUCGGCCUCGCUGAGGUUGUGCGUGGCCUGGCCCGGUGCGGGCGACAAUCCGAGGUGGAAGCCAUCUUCUCGGAUCUACGGCAGGAUGCCGAGAAAGCCGAGCGAAAUGCCUCCGCCGUGGCUGCAAGCACCACCAAGACAGCCGUCGACAAGGCAAAGACGAGGAGCGCCGCUACCCGAGCCGCACGCGUCUUCGACGAGCUGCUCCGGGCGCUGGGCGCUAGGGGGCGCGGCCUCGACUCGGGAGGCCGGCCGUACGGGCUGUCGCUGCUGGAGGUCGUUGAGGACGUUGCGGGUCAGGCCCACGCUUGCGGAGAUCGCAGCCAAGGGGACGUUGACUCGCGACUGACGGCAACGCUACAGGCCGUCCUGACAACGUCACGCUUCCUCGACCGCGAGGAUGCAGCCUCUAUCAACAAGGCCAUCCGCACCGCCUUGGAUUCCGCGGCAACAGCUAUUGCUUCCGUCGAAGAUUUGCAAGGCAGGAGCGAGCCCGAGCUGCGGCGGGAAUGGGCGGGUCCAAAUUUGGCGGCGCUGUCUCUCUUGGCCCUGUUGCACGUGUCCCAGAACCGGUGGGAAGGAAUCCCUGCUGCCAUUGAUGUCCUGCAAGAGAUGCACGACCGCGGGCUCACCCCGCCGGCCACGUUGGCUGCCCAGCUGGAGACCGUCUUCAAGCGCCAUGGCACCGUCCGACAGAAGCGGCGGUCUUCGUUCCUCCUCGCAAGAGCGCUGGACGGGUUCGGCCCUCCUCGGGACAACAACGACGAUGGCGACGACGGGACUGCCGCUGAGCAAGAAGGCGACGCCCGUCGCGUUGUUGGGGUCGGAGAGGCGAUUCGCGGCAUGGUGGAGAGCUCGACCACCAGAGGGGUAGACGAGUGGGACGCCCAAGAACCUCUCGCUGCUGCCGAGGAGUCUGCGAACGGUGAUGGCGGUACGCAGGUCAACGAGGAAGGCAGUAAUAGCGCCGGAGGCACCGCUGUCCGACCUUCUGCCGAGCAAAGCUACCAGCUCCUCCGGCAGAGGCUGCGAGAGGCGUCCCUCAACGGAAACGCUUCGGCGGGCGUUCGCAACGUGGAGCAGUCGUGCGCCGCCGCCGUUGCCGCCGCCGCGGAAUUGACGAAGGAGGCGGGACGAGGACCAGACCGACGGCAUCCCUCACAGGCGCCGACGCAGGGAGCAUCAGAGUCCCACCGAGAUAUCUUGAAGCGCGUGACCGUUCUGGCGGAGAGAGGCCGCCCUCACGCCGCUCUCGCGGCUCUGCAAGCCGUGGACGGCCGGAAGCGGGGUACGAGAGUGGCCGUGCCAUACAGGGUGUACGCCCUGCUCUUUCGGGCGCUGGCGAACGGGUACUCGGCGCAGGGCUGGGAGGAGCUCGGGCUAGCGGCAGCGCCGGCGGAAGCGCUGCAGUGGCUGCUGAGGGGCAUGGCGCGGCAGGGCUACCCGGCCAAGACUACCACCCUCAACUUCGGGCUCGAGGCCUUUGCCGUCGCUGCCAAAACUAAACAGGUACGGGAAGGCGAGGAGGAGGUGCGAGCGCGGGUUUGCACGGAGGCUAUGGAUUUCAUGGAGGGGAUGCGGGACGGCUGGAACGGCUUGCUUCCUCCAGUCGCACCGAACGUUGUGUCGUUCAACAUUAUUGUCAAGGUGAUGUGUCGGCUUCAGAUGUUCGACCAAGCGUUCGAGGCUCUGGAAGUCAUGCAAAGGGGGGGGUUCGAGUGA